AUGCCAGAUCAGCCCGAUCUCACAGUCCAAUUUCUGGAAACUUCAAAACUUCUUCAGCCCGGAAAUCAACCUUCAAGACCGGGAUCAAGCUUAGGAUAUGGAACUGGAAAUGGAAAUAUAUCAGGGUCAGGACCUGGUUCAGGAUCUGGUCAAGGGUUAAGAAGGCCACCGCUUUUCACGGUUCCAUCUUCCUCUUCUAUCAAAUCAUUGAAGAGCCUUAAUGAUCCCAUGGUGGACAGACUUACCGAUGACAUAAUCUUCCCAGAGCCCGUUUUUAAUCGUUUCUCAUACAUUUCAUACUAUUUGCCAGUACUUCGCUGGCUACCAAAUUAUUCUUUCAAGGAAUCUUUCACUGGGGACUUCCUAGCUGGAGUUUCGAUUGCGAGCUUUCAAAUACCAUUGGUUAUGUCCUUUGCGACUUCUUUGGCACACCUUCCACCGAUAACAGGAUUGUAUAGCAUGAUAACUGGUGCGUUUAUAUAUUCCUUACUUGGCAGCGUUCCUGUUUUGAUUGUGGGACCGGCACCAUCUCUGGCAUUAUUAUAUGGCCAGUUGAUGACAAACCUAGGUAAGGAUUCUAAGAUAUUCUCUUCGGUGGAAAUUGCGUCUGCCAUGACUGCUUCGGUGGCUGCAAUAUUACUUGCAGCGGGUAUAUUCCGGUUUGGUUUCUUAGAUAAUGUUUUAUCAAGAGCUUUAUUGAAGGGUUUUUUGGGAGCAAUGGGGUUAAUUAUGAUUAUAAGUGAAUUAGGUCCUGAGCUGGGCAUGGAAAACACUCCAAAAGGUUUAAGCACCGCUGAAAAGUUGCUUUACGCAAUAAAGAAUUAUGACCAAGCUCAUGGAUUGACAUUAAAAAUAUCGGUAAUCACAUUAGGAUUGGUGAUGAUAAUUAGAAUAGUUAAACUCAAACUAGUUGCCAGAGGGUAUAAGAGAGCCAUUUAUAUCCCCGAAUUAUUGCUAAUGGUAUCCGUUGCAACGAUUUUAAGUUGGAAAUUCGAAUGGCACUCUAAAGGAGGUGUUUCAAUUGUAGGAGAUUUGAAAUCAGGAGGGAAGGGUGGAUUAAAUGAAAUUCCUUCUCCUAAAUUACCCAUAAAUCCAUUGGAGUGGAGAAAGCUUAGUCUUUUCAAGAAAACCUUUUCAACAGUGUUCCUUUGCACAAUAUUGGGGUAUUUUGACUCUGUGAUAGCUAAGAAAAACCUUGGAUCCAGAUUUAACUACAAUGUCUCAGCAAAUAGAGAGUUAGUAGCAUUAGGAGCAACAAAUAUAGUUGUCAGUAUACUAGGAGGAAUCCCGGCAUUUGGAGCGUUGGGUAGGUCCAAAAUUAAUGUAAUGGCUGGAGCUACUACCCCAAUGGCUGCAGUGUUGAUGGGGGCUAUGACCAUAUUGGCAGUUCUUUAUUUGUUGCCUUUCUUGUUCUACUUGCCUGAGUGUGUUUUGGCUUUGCUGACGACUAUUAUUGGGAUUACAGUCCUUGAAGAAGUCCCUACAGAUUUGAAAUUCUUUUGGAGUAUUGGUGGUUACGAUGAAAUAUUUAUUUUCAUGAUUGUUUUCCUUGCAACAUUCUUUUGGAGUGCUGAAGCGGGUGUCACUCUAGGAGUUGGAAUUGCAGUCAUUAGAAUUAUCAAGAAAAGCAGUAAGUCGAGAAUACAAAUUCUUGGUAGAAUCCCCAAUUCUACAAUUUUCAGAAAUGCAGAUGAAUUAAUUGAAGAGAGUUUCAGCUCAUUUAAACCUUCAAGCGAUAAGUUAUCAAGUUUAAUAUCCGAAAUCGAAGAUAUAGAAGGUGUUUUAAUCAUUAAAGUUCCAGAGCCCUUAAACUUUGCAAAUGUUGGAGAUUUACAAAACAGACUUAGUAGAAUUGAAAAGUAUGGGUCUCUCUUGAUUCAUCCAUCACAGCCACAAACAAGAGAUAUUGCAAACGUUCAAUUUAUCAUUAUUGAUUGUAAGGGGAUGUCCGCAAUAGAUUCACUGGCUACGCAGGUCUUGUAUGAAAUAGUGAAGAGAUACAUAUCAGAGGGCAUUAGCAUUUGUUUCUGUCGAGUUCCAAUUGACAUUAGAGCAACUCUUUCAAAGUCAGGACUCACCAAAUUAGUAAACGACAAUUUUAAACAUAGGGACAAUCCAUUUGGAAGUGCUGUGGGAAUGGGGAACGGGUUUUUUAGAAGCAUUGACGAAGCAUUAAAGGCUGGAGAGAAGCAUCUAGAUGUAUAA